AGCUGGCUGUAGUUAGACCUCUGGGCGGGGAGCAAUGUGCGCCUGCGCGGGCUUUGGCUUUUCUUUCCCAGAAACUGAACGUUAAACCCUGAUCUGAAUGCUCAGCUCAGCUAGCGGUGCGAUGUGGAGGCUGCAGGUGGUGCUCGGUCACCUGAGUGGUCGGCCCCAGUCGAGGCCGGCGCUGCAGGCCGAGCCAUGCCUCAGUGGUUUCCCGCCCGCCUCGGCCGCGGACGUGGUGGUGGUUCACGGACGCCGCACACCCAUCGGCCGAGCGGGCCGCGGCGGCUUUAAGGACACCACUCCCGACGAGCUCCUGGCUGCCGUCCUGACUGCGGUUCUACAGGACGUGAAGCUGAGGCCCGAGCAGCUGGGAGACAUCUCCGUGGGAAAUGUGCUUCAACCUGGUGCUGGAGCCCUCAUGGCCCGGAUUGCCCAGUUUCUGAGUGGUAUCCCAGAGACCGUGCCCUUAUCUGCUGUCAAUAGACAGUGCUCGUCGGGACUGCAGGCAGUGGCCAACAUAGCUGGUGGCAUCAGAAAUGGGUCUUAUGACAUUGGCAUGGCCUGUGGGGUGGAGUCCAUGUCCUUGGCUGAGAGAGGGAAUCCCGGAAAUAUUACCUCACGUCUGCUGGAAAAUGAGAAAGCCAAAGACUGUCUGAUACCCAUGGGGAUAACCUCAGAGAAUGUGGCUGAGCGGUUUGGCAUUUCCAGGGAGAAGCAGGAUGCCUUUGCACUGGCCUCCCAGCAGAAGGCAGCAAGAGCCCAGAGCAGGGGCUGUUUCCGGGCUGAGAUUGUGCCUGUGACAACCACCAUACAUGAUGACAAGGGCACCCAGAAGAGCAUCACCGUGUCCCAGGAUGAGGGGAUCCGUCCCAGCACCACCAUGGAAGGCCUCGCCAAGCUGAAGCCUGCCUUUAAGGAUGGCGGUUCCACCACAGCUGGAAACUCUAGCCAGGUGAGUGACGGGGCGGCUGCCAUCCUGCUGGCCCGGAGGUCCAAAGCCGAAGAGCUGGGCCUCCCUAUCCUUGGAGUCCUAAGGUCCUACGCAGUGGUUGGGGUCCCGCCUGACAUCAUGGGCAUUGGACCUGCCUAUGCCAUCCCUGCAGCUUUGCAAAAAGCAGGGCUGACAGUGAAUGAUGUGGACAUCUUUGAGAUCAAUGAAGCCUUUGCAAGCCAGGCUGUCUACUGUGUGGAGAAGCUGGGCAUCCCCCCUGAGAAGGUGAACCCUCUGGGGGGGGCAGUGGCUCUGGGCCACCCCCUGGGCUGCACUGGGGCCCGACAGGUCAUCACACUGCUCAACGAGCUGAAGCGCCGUGGGAAGAGGGCUUAUGGAGUGGUGUCCAUGUGUAUCGGGACCGGAAUGGGAGCUGCUGCUGUCUUCGAAUACCCUGGGAACUGAGGCCCUGUCUGCGGACACUAGCUAGACAGUCCUGCUCUGGUGGCCAGAGGGGGACAUUGCAGAAGCUAAUCCAUGUGGGACACUCAGUACUAAUGAGGGGACAGGGGGCUAAGUCAAGUCACUUCAACUAAUUUGGGCAAUAGGAACACUACAGCACAAUACAGAAGUGGGUGGGGUGUUGAGCUGCCCUGUCACACCCCAGCAACCGUGUCAAAGUCUGCAUGGGUCACCCAGGCCACGGACCCUUGUGUAACUUCUGGGGGAUGAUGGCCUGGAGAAUGAGGGGUAUAAUGGAUGUAGAAAACACGUGUGAUCUCA